UCUUCGUCGGUGUUUCUUUUGUUCAUAUAUUCUUUUAAAAUCAAGAAAAGUAGGACAAAUAGCUUAAUAGUAAUACAAUUCUUUACAUUAGAAGUUUUUGAAUUAUGAGUGAAGCUCAAUAUAAGUAUUUGCAAGUGAUUGUUAGCUCAAUUAGAUAAGGGUUUCGUUUUGCGAAUUAUGCGGGCGUCUGCUAUAUGAGAAGUUUUGUUUAUGCAUAAAAAAAUAAAACAAAGAAACCGAAGCUGACGAGUCACUUCUGCGUAUCGGUAAUCUAUAAAACUAUCUGUAGGAAUAUAGGUUUUGCCCCAGAUUUCCAACGCCAUUUACUUGCGAUUGUGGUCAAACGAGUAUGGAAAACAUGAGCUAAAAUCGGAAACAGCCACUUGCCAUCAUGUCUCAAAGCGAUCCAAACGAUGUACGCAGUGCUGCACAGCUCAUUUUGACCAAUGCGCGGCAGGGAAAUAAUGCCUACCACAUGCAGUACGAUAUGUCGCGAUCACAUUCCAUCAACCUGAUUACGGAGGACUUCUUGGCCGGCUACAUGCAGGAUGGUCGCAUGUCUGUGGUGCGGCGUUUCUUCUGCCUGUUCGUUACAUUCGAUCUGGUCUUUGUUUCCCUGCUCUGGCUCAUUUGCAUAGUGAUUGACGGUGACAAUAUAUUCAAUGCCUUUCGCAAGCAGAUCUUGGAGUAUACCAUUUAUAAGUCUCUCUUUGAUGUGGUGGCCAUCGCCAUUUGCCGAUUUGUGGUGCUCAUCUUCUUUUAUGCUAUAUUGUAUAUCAAUCAUUGGUCCAUCAUAGCGCUCUCUACAAGUGGGUCUUGCUUGUUCCUUAUCUCUAAGGUGUUUGUGUUCGAUUGGCUGCAAACAAAGCAACAAGUAUUCGAAGUUAUACUCAUAAUUACUUCGUUUAUUCUGGCUUGGGGGGAAGCCUGGUUUCUUGAUUGUCGGGUUAUACCACAAGAGCGACAUGCCCGACACUAUUUCCGAUCCAUGACAUCGACAAAUGAUCGCACUCCCUUGGUGCAGCCAACCAUUUUGACUCAGAACGAACGAGUGCCGCAAAGUGUAACUGAUUUCUAUUCACCAAUGGACACGACCCGACACUCCGACGAGGAGGAAGAGGAGGAUGAAGAAUACAACCAAAUGGGACUGGAUUGCCUGCGAAAGGCAUACGCCAUCAUAGAGUCCAGCGAUUGGAAGGUGGAGAAGGUGACACCCAAGGGCGACACCAUUCACAGCAUCCAGCGGGAGAAAAUUGGAAAGAUUUACAAGUUGACAGCUCGGAUCAAGUACCCAGCAAAGGCUCUGAUGGAGGAUCUAUUCUACCGCAUUGAAGACUGUCCCAAGUGGAAUCCUGCUCUGCUGGAGUCAAGGAUUGUGCGAAAAAUCAACUCCUACACUGAUAUAACCUAUCAGGUGUCCAUUGGCGGUGGUGGUGGCAUGGUUAAGAGCCGCGACUUUGUUAACUUACGUUCAUGUCGCUUAUUUUACAAUGGCAAAGUCUGCGAUGACGACGAAGCCGCCCAGCUAAGCAGCGACGAUGAUAGUCCUCUAAAUCGCUCGUGUGAGGGCAGUGUGAGCACCAUCUCCGAUGGCGAAUCGAACACACCGCUGCCCGGCAGCGUAUCCAGUUGCAAGGCUAAGUUUCCCAGCUCCUCCACGGGUCCCGCCACUCCCUUCGAUACCUUAGGCAACAGUUUGGGGGCCAAGAGCCUAGGUCCCAUUCUAAACUUUGAAGAGGAGCCACCACCGCUGGAUCAAGAUGAGUUUGAGGAUGCUAAAGAUAGAGUUGAUGAGGGAGAAUCAAAACCUAGUGUCCCGAGCGUGGGUAAGACCAAGGAUAAAGUAUGGGUUAGCUCAGCGAGCAGUGUACAAUAUGCUGGAAUGCCGCCCUCAUCCAAGUACACAAGAGGCGAGAACAUUGUGACUGGGUUUGCCUUCCGCGAAAUCGUUGGUAAACCGGACAGCUGCAUUGUGGAAUGGGUUCUAUGCUUAGACCUGAAAGGCUACAUACCCCGCUAUGUUUUGGAUUCGGCCCUCACCUCCUCCAUGACCGAUUACAUAACCAACCUGCGCAAGCAUGUCAACGAACUGAGGCACCGGGGACGUGGCCGCGUCCCCAGGACCCACUAGUAGCCAGGAAGUGUAUUUUAAUUUUUAAUAUCUUGUAGUAUCUCAGAAGUAUCUUUUAGAAUAUUUGAAUAAUUUUGAAGCGAGAGCGAGGAGUUCAGUGCUGUUAGUUUAUUGAGUAUUGUAUGAUGUAUAUGUAUGGCAUAAGUAUGUAACUAUGUACGUAUGUAUAUGCUGCACGGCUUACAUUAUAAAUUUUAUACAUGAA